AUUUUGUACAUGGAAUGAAACAAAAACUGCUCCAAGUACCCUGCAAUUCCUCAUGGCUACUAUCGAUCCCACCGUCUCGGAGGCCACCAUUGAUGACAACCUCCCGGGGCUCCAGCAGGAGGGUUUUGAAACGCUGCCCAACCCGACUGCCUUCCAGAAAGUCGCAGAUUCCGGCCCCGCGGUGUACAAGGGCGAGGGACAGAUGAUAUUCUGGAAAGAGUGUUCAGCGUAUUACAUGACGCCAAGCGAUAAAAAGUGGAAGAAGAUGCCAUCGACGGGGCAGCUGCCGCUACAGGUAGGAUGGCAAGCGUAUCUGACUGGAGGAACAAUUUGGUGCCAGAGGAAGUACCGGUAAGAAGCUUUGAGUCGUGGGCGAAGUGGGGGGCGAUGCGUUGUUCAUUUUGAAACAAAGCAAUGUUGGCAAUUAUUCUGUGAUAAAUGACAGGUCCCUAAAAUCUUGUACACUCCCAAGGCUCCAGAAGCACACCGACUUUUCAAAGUUCAACGUUGGCCUUUCACACUGAAGAUCUUUUACGUGGCACGAGUGGGGGGGUGUCAGCGGCUGUAGCCACAUAGCUACGGUGAAAGCAAUAGCCCAUGACAUCCCACCAGGACGUCAAAAUUUGGGGGUGGUUGAGGUAUCGC